UCGUCUGCGAAGAAAACUUUCACAUUAAGAGUUGCUGAUGCUGGAUUUUCUUUCUCUCCCCUCUGAGUGUUGAUGAGCUCUGCGCUCCUGACAGCGGCGAUCUGGCUCUCAGCUUUGUGGGUCGGAAGAAGUUGGGUCUAUAGAUUUUUUUCUUUCUUUCUUUCUUUUUUUCCCCCCAACUCUCCAUUGAUGCGUUGAGCUUCUGAGGGGAUCCCACCUGCCCGUAAAGCAUGUUGCCUUCUCAAGGAGUCCUCUUGCAUCCCUAUGGCGUACCUAUGAUCGUUCCAGCCGCCCCCUACUUCCCAGGACUGAUCCAGGGUAAUCAGGAAGCAGCAGCUGCCCCUGACACAAUGGCUCAGCCUUACGCUUCGGCCCAGUUUGCCCCCCCUCAGAACGGCAUCCCCGCGGAAUACACGGCCCCUCACCCCCACCCCGCACCGGAGUACACGGGCCAGACCACCGUCCCGGAGCACACGUUAAACCUGUACCCUCCCGCGCAGUCACACUCGGAGCAGAGCGCAGCGGACACGAGCGCGCACACCGUCUCGGGCACGGCCACA